AUGUACACAUUUACCAUCAGCGGAGCUUACGGGAUAGAAGAAUCGGUAAUGGGCGGCGGCGUGCUCUUAACCAUUAUCUCUAUUAUGAUCAUUCCUGUGAUCAUGGGAGGUCCAAUUAUGCUAGUUGUGGCAGAGCUGGCAUCUGCGGUGCCGUCCAACGCCGGCUUCCUCAUGUGGAUCAAACUGUCGUUUCACCGGAGUGUGUACCUCUCCAUGGCAAUCAUGUCGCUUAUCUACAUAGCCGUCGACAAUGCUCUCUAUCCAACGUUGUUCUCCGAGUAUUUGUGCACAUCCGUCAGGUGCAGCGAUAUAGGGGCGAAGUGCCUGCGACUGGGCAUGCUGCUCUUUGCGUAUGGCCUGAACCUCCUCGGAGUGGAGGCGGUUGGUGUGACAAGUGUGGUGCUAACCAUUUUCACGGUGGCCCCAUUCAUUCUCAUGUUUCUUCAGCAGCAGCUGACCACCGGGUUUUACGUGAACUGGCCAGCUGUGGGCUACAUCCCUGCAUCCGUCGAGUGGACCACGUUCAUCUCCACCGCCUCCUGGUGCCUCUCUGGACUGGAGCAAGCUGGGACAGUCGUGGAAGAGGUCGAGGACUCGGAGCACACCAUCAUCAGAUCGCUCGUCUCACUCAUCGGACUCGCCAUCAUCACCUACAUACCCCCUAUCAUAACGGGCGCCAGCGUAUCAAGAGAACCGCUUGACUUGUCGCAGUGGAAGACAGGGUACUGGACUGUGGUGUCGUUCAAGGUGGGCGGUGACGUUCUCAAGUUUAUUACUGUUGUGGGUAGCGUUCUCUCGGCGUUCGGGCUGACACUCUCAGCCCUGUGCACGACGACUAGCAUCAUUUCGGGGAUUGCGCUCACAGAGGCCUUUCCAGGAAAGUUGGGUGUGUGGUUCUCUCGGCGCAACGAGCGGUUCGGGACAUACCACUGGACGCUGACGUUUAACACAGUCCUCACUGGUCUUUUCUCCACAGUGCUGAGCUUCGGCUCCUUGGUGCUUGUGGAUCAGUGCCUCUAUGGCAUUCGCGUUGUUGUGAUCGUAAUAUCAUUUUACCGCUUUCGCCAACUGUACGCACACCUGCCGAGACCCUUCCGCAUUCCAUUUGACGGCUGGCGACUGCACCUCAUGAUGGGCGUAGCCGUGGCGUCGGCUAUUGUCCUCACCAUUAUUUCUCUCUUCCAGGAAAAACUCACUGUUAUUUUGUGCGUGGCGGUCGUCGCCUGCUCCUGCCUGGUAUCGUUUGUAUAUUGCCACUUUUUUCACCGGCACGAUUUUGCUGGCCGUAUCGUCACCUUUAUCACUACAAUUCCAGUCAACUCCCGCAGCAAUGGUAGCGACGAUAAGGAUACGGCUGCGACACGCCGUGUAUCGAAUGACGCUCCUCUCUCGACAAGAGAAUAG